AUGGCUGGCUCAGAACCUCUACCGCCCCCCCAGAACUCUACGGCUGCUUCUUCUACUAUCGACGGCUCCAAGAGAGAUACUCCGGCAGCUACUCUCACACCGUCUACUCCCUCGACAUCUUCAGCCAUACCAGACGACUCCAACUCAAAUACGAAUACCGACAGCAUGGGUGACAAGGGAGACAGCCUCGAGAUUAAGCAGCAGGACCGCACGGCGGAAAACCUGGCCGCAAAGACAGAGGUCAACGCUUCCCUAACGACAGACGGGGCUAAUGGCACUGCUACUGUCAAGAAGCCCGGCUGUGGCAAGCACACUCAGUCCCACUCCAAGUCAGACAAGUCUAAGAAGAAUAAGAAGAGCAAGAAGAAGAACAAGAAGAAGGCCGAGACAGAUAGCUCGUCAAGUGACAGCAGUAGCGAUAGUGACAGCGAUCUAGAGGAUGAAGAUGAGAGCGCUGACUCAGAUUCUUCAGAUUCAGACAGCAGUUCAGACUCAGAUUCUUCGGACUCUGAAUCUGAGCAGAAAAAGCUAAAGAAGAAGAAGAAGUCCAAGGGCCGGACCAGACGGGUGAAGGAGAAGAAGAAACCUCGAUCUCGUAAACAGGAAGAACCGGAAGAAUCGUCCGAUAGCGAUGACGAAGGCUCGUCAGAUGAGGACCAGAAGCAAAAGGAAAACCAGAAAGCUGCAAAGAAGCUCAUCAAGAAACUGCUCAAGAAGCAGCAGCAGCAGCAGCAACAACAGUUGCAGCAGCAGUUCGACAACCCACCGCACAUACCGUCUGGCCUUGACGGUGAUACAGGUUUCGAUGUCGUCAACAACAAUCCCAAUCUUACCCGGGACCUACACAAGCGCGUUCAGCAGAUUAACCAGCUUAACAGAAGAACGCUCAGACGCACACGCCUCAACCCACCCGUUACAGAUCCCACUGCCCAGCGUCAGCUCAAGGUCAAGCCCAAGAAGAACAAGAGAGCCUCCAAGGUUGCCUUCAAGCGGGUUGAUCAACUAUGGGACAGCACUAUCCACAACUACAAGCUCACAGAGACGGUAAAGGAUCCCGGAGCAGAUGAAUGGGAUCAGUACAUCUUCACAGUUCGUCGCAAGUUCGACUGGGAGAACCGAUACACCGAUACCGUUGUCGAUAUUAAGAGUAAACCCCUGAGAGAUGCCCUGGCCCACAUCAUGGAUGGAGUCAAGGGUGUCAGCCUUGUCCAGGAUACCCCCGUCCUUGACCCAAACCUUCUCUUCCUCUACCUUGAAGAGACAAGGGAGUACAUGCACGAACUCAAGGCCCAGUCCAAGUCAGAGAAGAAGAAGAGAAACAGGAAGCGAGCGGCUACCAAGGCAGCUCAUUUGAAGAUUCUCGUCAAGUAUCUCGACAGGGACUAUGCCGAGACGAAGAAUGCUCUCUACCCACUUCUGGACAACAACACAAUCACCUACGACCUGCUGUGGGCCCUGUUCAAGCCAAACACAAUUGCAUACACGCAAACAUACGGCACACCCGAUGAGCCACGUGCCUUUAAGAUCGAGUAUGCUACCAAGGAGUCCUCCUUUAUGAGAGGGCAGUGGUAUGCGAUUGAAGGUCGAUAUCUCGAAUAUGACGGCAAGUCCUUUGGCAUGGGCACUAUGUCAGCUGAAGUAGACCAUUUCAAGGGUCCUCGCAAGAUCUCCAGCUUAGCAUGCUACCCGCUCAAGUACCACCGCGAUCCCGAGGCGUUGCAAGCUCAGCUCAUCGAACGUGGAAAGAAGUUCGUUUCCCUUCAGGGCAUGAACUAUAGGUUCCACAAGGGCAUGGCGUUUGUAAAGCGCAAACGGAGCAUUAUCAAAGUCAACAUCAACGGACGUGUCAUGGUAGACCCAGCUUUGCAUCGCCGUAUCAACCCCAACUAUGCCAUCAGCACCGUGAAACCUAAGGAACCCGACCUGGUCAUGGAAGUAGGUGGAGAUGGUGAUAGUGAUGACUGCUGCUGCGGCUCUGAUUCUGGCUCUGAAGGCGGCGAUGCCAACGACGAAACUUUCAAACCCAAGGCCAGACUGAAGGUCGUCCAGGAUAAAGAAGGCAAAACCCACGUCGUCGAGAUGGAAUGUGAUGAGAACGGCAACGAGAUCCCUAAGGAAAACAUCACUAAGCUCGAGGACGGCGAAACAGUCGAGUAUGAAUUCACCGAGGAAGAACUGCUGAUAGCCUCUCCCGUCGUCUUAGGCUUUGCAUUCAGUGAAAAGCUCUGGCUUGAAUUCACCGUCUCUGGAAUCACGGAAAUAGACUGGAACUCCGGCGCCUUUGACUCUCUCGUCUUACCUGCAAAUCAAAAAUCCAUUGUCAAGGCCUUGGUUGAAUCUCACACUUUCCACGCUGCUGAAAACAUUGACGAUGUUAUCCAGGGUAAAGGCAGAGGCCUUGUAGCCGUCCUCCAUGGUCCACCAGGAACGGGCAAAACCCUCACAGCGGAAGGUAUCGCCGAACUUCUCAAACGACCCCUUUACAUGGUCAGCGCAGGCGAGCUGGGAACCGACUCACGUACCCUCGAGGGAGAACUCAAUAAGAUUCUCGACAUAGCUCACUCAUGGGGUGCAGUCCUGCUGCUGGACGAGGCAGAUGUCUUCCUUGAGAAGCGUACAAUUCAGGAUAUCCACCGCAAUGCUCUGGUUAGCAUCUUCCUCCGUCUAUUGGAGUACUUCCAAGGCAUUCUCUUCCUUACUACGAACCGCGUCGAGACCUUCGAUGAUGCCUUCCAGUCGCGUAUACACGUUGCCUUGAGAUACGGAGACCUAACUACCAAGGCUAAACGGUCUGUCUGGAAAAUGUUCCUUGACCGUGUCCAGACCAAGGAUGGGAUCGAUGUCGUCAAGUUCACUGAUAAAGACUACGAUACCCUUGCUAGACAUAACCUUAACGGUCGACAGGCCCUGGCUAUCAAUGAGAAAGUACCCCUAUCAAUGCAACAUAUCAUGCGCGUCCUAGACGUAGCAGAGACGUUUGAGCAGGAUCUCAAGGGUGGAACAGGCUACUUGGACGCCAUGAGAAGCUACACCUAA